GGGAGUGGGAUCGGAGAAGGAAGGUUCUCUCUUCUCUGCUUCCCUUCACCCGGCUGGAGGUGACUUCUCCUGCUUCAUCAAACCCCAGGGACAGGGAAAGGGGAUACGUUUAAAGAGUCAUCAGGCUCGUCUGGCUCUAGGUGCCUGCGUCUUUAAUUAAGGAGGGCCGCCCCCUAGCCGGGCUCCAGCACCGCCCCCAGCCUCUACAGGCUCUCAAAAUGAGUAGCUCCCACCCGCGGCCCGGCCACAGCCACAGCCCUAGCAGCGCGGCUUCAGCUUCGGCAGCAGCAGCGGGCGGCGGCGAGAAGGACAAGGACGCCGAGAUGCCGGCCACCGAGAAGGACCUGGCGGAGGAUGCGCCGUGGAAGAAGAUCCAGCAGAACACGUUCACGCGCUGGUGCAACGAGCACCUCAAGUGCGUGAGCAAGCGCAUCGGCAACCUGCAGACGGAUCUGAGCGACGGGCUGCGUCUCAUCGCGCUGCUCGAGGUGCUCAGCCAGAAGAAGAUGCACCGCAAGCACAACCAGCGGCCCACCUUCCGCCAGAUGCAGCUUGAGAACGUGUCCGUGGCGCUCGAGUUCCUCGACCGGGAGAGCAUCAAGCUCGUGUCCAUCGACAGCAAGGCCAUUGUUGAUGGCAACCUGAAGCUCAUCUUGGGUCUGAUUUGGACGCUGAUUCUGCACUACUCCAUCUCGAUGCCAAUGUGGGACGAGGAAGAGGACGAAGAGGCCAAGAAGCAGACGCCCAAGCAGCGGCUCCUGGGUUGGAUCCAGAACAAACUCCCUCAGCUGCCCAUCACCAACUUCAGUAGGGACUGGCAGAGUGGCCGUGCCCUUGGGGCCCUAGUGGACAGCUGUGCUCCAGGCCUGUGCCCUGACUUGGAUUCCUGGGAUGCCAGUAAACCUGUGAACAAUGCCAGAGAAGCCAUGCAGCAGGCCGAUGACUGGCUGGGCAUUCCUCAGGUGAUCACUCCCGAGGAGAUUGUGGACCCCAACGUUGAUGAGCACUCAGUCAUGACCUACCUGUCCCAGUUCCCUAAAGCCAAGCUGAAGCCUGGGGCCCCACUGCGUCCCAAGCUCAAUCCAAAGAAAGCCAGAGCCUAUGGGCCAGGAAUAGAGCCCACUGGUAAUAUGGUGAAGAAACGGGCAGAGUUUACUGUGGAGACAAUAAGCGCUGGCCAGGGGGAAGUCCUGGUGUAUGUGGAGGACCCCGCUGGGCACCGGGAAGAGGCCAAGGUGAUUGCCAAUAAUGACAAGAAUCACACCUUCUCUGUCUGGUACAUCCCUGAGGUCACAGGGACGCAUAAGGUCACAGUCCUCUUUGCUGGACAGCACAUUGCUAAGAGCCCCUUUGAGGUGUAUGUGGACAAGUCCCAGGGAGAUUCCAGCAAGGUUACAGCCCAAGGCCCUGGCCUGGAACCCAGUGGUAACAUUGCCAACAAGACCACUUACUUUGAGAUCUUCACUGCUGGUGCUGGUGUUGGAGAGGUGGAGGUGGUGAUCCAAGAUCCCACAGGGAAAAAGGGUACCGUAGAGCAACAGCUGGAGGACAAGGGCAACAGCACAUAUCGAUGUAGCUACAAGCCUACCCUGGAGGGAAUCUAUACCAUCUAUGUCACCUUUGCUGGGGUACCCAUUCCCCGGAGCCCCUACACUGUUGCUGUUGGGCAAGCCUGUAACCCCAGUGCCUGCCGGGCUGUGGGCCGAGGUUUGCAGCCCAAAGGCGUUCGAGUGAAAGAGACGGCUGACUUCAAAGUCUACACGAAGGGGGCAGGCAGUGGCGAGCUCAAGGUUGUCGUGAAGGGUCCCAAGGGUGAAGAACGGGUGAAACAGAAGGAUCUCGGAGAUGGCGUCUAUGGCUUUGAGUAUUAUCCUCCCGUCCCUGGCAACUAUACAGUCACCAUCACCUGGGGCGGUCAGAACAUCUCCCGGAGCCCCUUUGAAGUAAAGGUGGGCACAGAGUGCGGCAACCAGAAGGUUCGAGCCUGGGGCCCUGGUCUGGAGGGUGGCGUGGUCGGCAAGUCGGCUGACUUCGUGGUCGAGGCCAUUGGGGAUGAUGUUGGCACCUUGGGAUUCUCAGUGGAAGGCCCCUCACAGGCAAAGAUUGAGUGUGAUGACCGGGGCGAUGGUUCCUGUGAUGUGCGCUACUGGCCGCAGGAGGCUGGGGAGUACGCUGUCCAUGUGCUCUGCAACAACGAAGACAUCAAACUCAGCCCGUUUAUGGCUGACAUCAAGGCGGCCCCCAAGGACUUUUACCCAGAAAAGGUGAAAGCUCGGGGCCCAGGACUGGAGAAGACUGGUGUGGCCAUCAACAAACCAGCUGAGUUCACUGUGGAUGCCAAGAACGGUGGCAAGGCCCCUCUCAAAGUCCAAGUGCAGGACAGUGAAGGUUCCCCCGUGGAUGUCAUCGUAAAGGACAAUGGUAACAACACCUUCAGCUGCUCCUAUGUCCCAAAGAAAGCAGUCAAGCACACAGCUGUGGUCUCUUGGGGAGGGGUCAAUAUCCCCAACAGCCCCUACCGGGUAAAUGUGGGAGCAGGAAGCCAUCCUAACAAGGUAAAAGUCUAUGGGCCAGGAGUGGCCAAGACUGGUCUCAAGGCCCACGAGCCAACUUACUUCACUGUGGACUGUACUGAAGCUGGGCAGGGUGAUGUCAGCAUUGGCAUCAAGUGUGCCCCAGGAGUAGUAGGGCCAGCUGAGGCGGAUAUUGACUUUGACAUCAUCCGGAAUGACAAUGACACCUUCACAGUCAAGUACACCCCUCGGGGGGCAGGCAGUUAUACCAUCAUGGUUCUCUUUGCCAACCAGGCCACACCUACUAGCCCCAUUCGAAUCAAGGUUGACCCUGCCCACGAUGCCAGUAAAGUGAAGGCUGAGGGCCCCGGGCUGAGCAGGAAUGGUGUGGAGCUUGGCAAACCCACUCACUUUACCGUCAAUGCCAAGCCAGCAGGAAAAGCCAAGCUAGAUGUCCAGUUCACAGGCCCAGCCAAGGGGGAGGCUGUUCGGGAUCUUGAUGUCAUUGAUCACCAUGACAAUACCUACACCGUUAAAUAUGUCCCCUUGCAGCAGGGCAACAUGGGUGUGAACGUGACCUAUGGAGGGGAUCAUAUCCCCAAGAGUCCCUUCUCUGUGGGUGUGGCCCAGACCCUGGACCUCAGCAAGAUCAAGGUGUCCGGCUUAGGAGACAAAGUGGAAGUUGGCAAAGACCAGGAAUUCACAGUCAAGGCCAAGGGUGCAGGGGGCCAGGGCAAGGUGGCAUCUAAGAUCACAAGCCCCUCUGGCAAGGUGGUGCCCUGCAAGGUGGAGCCAGGCCUGAAUGCAGACAACAGUGUGGUCAAGUUCAUCCCCCGAGAAGAGGGCCCCUAUGAAGUGGAGGUGACCUAUGACAGCAUUCCUGUCCCUGGAAGCCCCUUCCCAGUGGAGGCUGUGCCACCUACCAACCCCACCAAGGUGAAAGCCUUUGGGCCUGGGUUGAAGGGGGGCAGUGCUGGCUCCCCAGCUCCCUUCACAAUUGACACCAAGGGAGCAGGCACAGGAGGUCUUGGCCUGACAGUAGAGGGGCCGUGUGAAGCCAAGAUAGAGUGCCUGGACAAUGGGGAUGGCACCUGUUCUGUAUCCUACCUGCCCACGGAACCCGGGGAUUACAACAUCAACAUCCUCUUUGCUGACACUCACAUCCCAGGCUCCCCCUUCAAGGCCCAUGUGGCCCCCUGUUUUGAUCCCUCUAAGGUCAAGUGCUCAGGCCCUGGGCUGGAGCGGGCCACAGCAGGUGAAGCAGGUCAGUUUCGCGUGGACUGCUCCAAUGCUGGUAGUGCCGAGCUUACCAUCGAAAUCAGCUCUGAUGCGGGCAUGCAAGCAGAGGUGCACAUCCAAGACAAUGGGGACGGCACCUACACCAUCACCUACAUCCCUCUCUAUCCUGGGGUCUACACCAUCACCAUCAAGUAUGGAGGCCAGAUGGUCCCCAACUUUCCCAGCAAGCUCCUGGUAGAACCAGCAGUUGACACCACUGGUGUCAAGUGCUAUGGGCCUGGUGUGGAGGGCAAAGGGGUGUUCCGAGAAGCCACCACAGAGUUCAAUGUGGACGCUCGAGCCCUCACCAAAGCUGGGGGUCCCCACAUCAAGACACGAGUUGCUAAUCCCUCAGGCAACCUGACUGAUGCUUAUAUCCAAGACAAUGGAGAUGGAACCUAUAAAGUUGAAUAUACACCUUAUGAGGAAGGGGUCCACUCAGUAGAUGUGACCUAUGAUGGCAGCCCUGUGCCCAGCAGCCCUUUCCGAGUGCCUGUGACUGAGGGCUGUGACCCGUCCCGAGUACGUGUUCAUGGACCAGGCAUCCAAAGCGGUACCACCAACCAGCCCAACAAAUUCACUGUGGAGACCAGGGGUGCAGGCACGGGAGGCCUUGGUCUGGCUGUGGAAGGCCCAUCAGAAGCCAAGAUGUCUUGCAUGGACAACAAGGAUGGCAGCUGCUCCGUGGAGUAUGUGCCCUAUGAGCCGGGCACCUACAACCUCAAUGUGACCUAUGGCGGCCACCAGGUGCCAGGUAGCCCAUUCAAGGUUCCUGUGCAUGAUGUGACCGACUCAUCCAAGGUGAAGUGCUCAGGGCCUGGGCUGAGCCCUGGAGUGGUCCGUGCCAAUGUUCCUCAGUCCUUCCAGGUUGACACCAGUAAGGCCGGCGUGGCCCCACUCCAGGUCAAGGUUCAGGGGCCUAAGGGAAUAGUAGAGCCUGUGGAUGUGGUGGACAAUGCAGAUGGUACAAAGACAGUCAACUAUGUGCCCAGCCGGGAGGGCCCGUACAGCAUCUCAGUGCUCUAUGGAGAUGAGGAGGUUCCUAGGAGUCCCUUCAAGGUCAAGGUUCUACCCACCCAUGAUGCCAGCAAGGUGAAGGCCAGUGGCCCUGGGCUCAACACCACGGGUGUGCCUGCCAGCCUGCCUGUAGAAUUCACUAUUGAUGCCAAGGAUGCAGGCGAAGGCCUGCUGGCUGUCCAGAUCACGGACCCUGAAGGGAAACCCAAGAAGGCAACGAUCCAGGACAAUCAGGAUGGCACUUAUACCGUGUCCUACGUCCCUGACAUGACAGGCAGAUACACAAUUCUCAUCAAGUAUGGGGGUGACGAGAUUCCCUUGUCCCCAUACCGCGUCCGGGCCCUGCCCAUGGGGGACGCCAGCAAGUGCACAGUGACAGUGUCAAUCGGAGGUCACGGGCUAGGCACUGGCAUCGGCCCCACCAUCCAGAUUGGCGAGGAGACGGUGAUUACUGUGGAUGCCAAGGCUGCUGGCAAAGGCAAGGUCACGUGCACAGUGUGUACCCCCGAUGGCACAGAAGUAGACGUGGACGUAGUAGAGAACGAAGAUGGGACUUUUGACAUCUUCUACACGGCCCCCCAGCCAGGCAAAUACAUCAUCUGUGUCCGCUUCGGGGGCGAGCACAUUCCCAAUAGCCCCUUCCAGGUCAUGGCCUUGGAUGGAGACCAGCCCACCACUCAACAGAUGCAUACCCAGCAGUUGUCAGCCCCAUACUCAUAUGCACCAGGUGUCCAGCAACCUUGGGCAGCAGAGCCGUUGGUGGGGGUGAAUGGGCUCGACGUCACUGGCUUGCGGCCUUUUGACCUGGUCAUCCCCUUUACCAUCAAGAAAGGAGAGAUCACAGGGGAGGUUCGUAUGCCGUCAGGCCAGGUGGCAAAGCCGUCCAUCACGGACAACAAGGACGGCACUGUGACUGUGCGCUACGCCCCCACCGAGGCAGGCCUGCAUGAGAUGGACAUACGCUAUGACAGCAUGCACAUCCCAGGAAGCCCAUUGCAGUUCUACGUGGACUAUGUCAACAGUGGUCAUGUCACUGCAUAUGGACCAGGCCUAACUCAUGGACUAGUGAACAAACCAGCCAUCUUCACUGUCAACACCAAGGAUGCAGGGGAAGGGGGCUUGUCUUUGGCCAUUGAGGGUCCUUCAAAGGCUGACAUCAGCUGUACAGACAACCAGGAUGGCACCUGCACUGUCUCAUACCUCCCAGUCCUCCCAGGGGACUACAGUAUCCUGGUGAAGUAUAAUGACAAGCACAUUCCUGGCAGCCCCUUCACGGCCAAGAUCACAGGUGAUGAUUCCAUGCGCAUGUCUCACCUGAAGGUGGGCUCUGCUGCUGACAUUCCCCUCAACAUCACUGAGACAGACAUCAGCCAGCUCACUGCAACUGUUGUGCCCCCAUCAGGCCGAGAGGAGCCCUGCCUGCUCAAGAGACUGCGCAACGGCCAUGUUGGGAUCUCAUUCGUUCCCAAGGAGAUAGGAGAACAUCUCGUGAAUGUCAAGAAGCAUGGGCAGCAUGUCCCCAACAGCCCUAUCACAGUGAUGAUCAGUCAGUCAGAGAUUGGGGAUGCCAGUCGUGUACGUGUCUCUGGCCAAGGCCUCCACGAAGGCCGUACCUUUGAACCAGCAGAGUUCAUCAUUGACACCCGGGAUGCAGGCUAUGGAGGGCUCAGCCUGUCCAUCGAGGGUCCCAGCAAAGUUGAUAUCAAUACUGAGGACUUGGAAGAUGGUACCUGCAAGGUCACCUACUGCCCCACAGAACCUGGAAACUACAUCAUCAACAUUAAAUUUGCUGACCAGCAUGUCCCAGGCAGCCCUUUCUCUGUCAAAGUGACUGGUGAGGGCCGAGUAAAGGAAAGUAUCACCCGGCGACGAAGAGCCCCCUCAGUUGCCAAUGUUGGCACUCACUGUGACCUCAGCCUGAAAAUCCCCGAAAUCAGUGUCCGAGAUAUGACGGCCCAGGUAACCAGCCCUUCGGGCAAGCCCCAUGAGGCUGAGAUCCUGGAGGGCGAGAACAACACCUACUGUAUCCGUUUUGUACCUACUGAGAUGGGUGUACACACGGUCAUUGUCAAGUACAAGGGGCAACACGUGCCUGGCAGCCCCUUCCAAUUUACAGUGGGGCCCCUGGGAGAAGGGGGUGCCCACAAAGUCCGUGCUGGUGGGCCUGGCCUAGAGAGGGCAGAAGCUGGAGUGCCAGCGGAAUUCAGCAUCUGGACAAGGGAGGCUGGUGCUGGGGGCCUGGCCAUCGCUGUUGAAGGCCCUAGCAAGGCUGAGAUCUCCUUCGAGGACCGCAAGGAUGGCUCCUGUGGCGUCUCCUAUGUGGUCCAAGAGCCCGGCGACUACGAGGUCUCGGUGAAGUUCAACGAUGACCACAUCCCCGACAGCCCCUUCGUGGUGCCUGUGGCUUCCCCGUCUGGUGAUGCCCGGCGCCUUACUGUUUCUAGCCUUCAGGAGUCAGGUUUAAAGGUCAACCAGCCAGCCUCUUUUGCAGUCAGCCUGAAUGGCGCCACAGGUGUCAUCGAUGCCAAGGUCCAUAGCCCCUCAGGGGCCCUGGAGGAAUGCUAUGUCACAGAGAUCGACCAAGAUAAGUAUGCUGUGCGCUUCAUUCCCCGGGAGAAUGGUAUCUACCUGAUCGAUGUCAAAUUCAAUGGCUCCCAUAUCCCCGGCAGCCCCUUCAAGAUCCGCGUGGGAGAGCCUGGGCAAGGAGGGGAUCCAGGCAUGGUGUCUGCCUAUGGGGCAGGCCUCGAAGGCGGGGUCACAGGGAGCCCAGCAGAAUUCAUUGUCAACACCAGCAGUGCUGGAGCUGGUGCCUUGUCUGUCACCAUCGAUGGCCCUUCCAAGGUGAAAAUGGAUUGUCAGGAGUGUUCCGAGGGCUACCGGGUAACCUACACGCCCAUGGCACCUGGCAGUUACCUCAUCUCUAUCAAGUAUGGAGGCCCUUACCACAUCGUGGGCAGCCCUUUUAAGGCCAAAGUCACAGGUCCCCGACUGGUCAGCAGUCACAGUCUCCACGAGACCUCGUCGGUGUUUGUGGACUCAGUAACCAAAGGCGAGGCUCCUCUGCAGCCUCGAGCCCUGCCCAAGCUCCAUUCUGAUGCCAGCAAGGUGGUGGCCAAGGGCCUGGGGCUCAGCAAGGCCUUUGUGGGCCAGAAGAAUUCUUUCACUGUGGACUGCAGCAAAGCAGGUAAUAACAUCCUCAUGGUGGGGGUCCAGGGCCCCAAGACCCCCUGCGAGGAGAUCUUGGUGAAGCACGUCAGUGGCGGCCUCUACACUAUCACCUACCUGCUCAAGGAGAAGGGCGACUACACCCUCAUGGUCAUGUGGGGCGAGGAGCAUAUCCCAGGGAGCCCCUAUCACAUCACCAUGCCCUGAUUUUCACCUCUUCCCCCUCCUAUUCCACGCCACUUGCCUACCACUUGCUCCUGACCCUCUUCCCUACCCCAGUAUUGACCUGUGGAUCAGUUUACAAGGAGGAGAAUUUACCCUCUUCCCACCCCACCACCCCCAUCACCAUUUUUCUGGCCUUGUGUCCUCCCCAGGCAAAAAGAUCCAAGACCCACCAUUGAUUUGGUGUGGAUGGGGAGGCGUGUGCGCAUUUAGGGUUAUGCCUGCAGAACCCCCAUAGGGGGGGUUCCCACCCCCAUAGGCCGUGGAUGUCUCCUUACUUCCACAUUCACCCUUCCUGGCUGGGGGUGGGAGAGGGAUGGCAGCUCUGUCCUUAGAACAUAGGCCCCCAGCGCCCCCACUGUACUACUGGCAUGGGCUAGGCCGCCAGCCUAUUGCUGUGCAGAGGUGUCCCCAGCUGGCUGCUUCCUGCUCCCUGCUCUAGGCACAUCUCUGGUCCUUAGGCUCAGAAAACAGUUGGGUAUUUUUUUCGUUUUGUUUUUGUUCUUUUUUUUUUUUGGUUUUAUUUUGUUCAAAAAACUUUUUUUGGGGGGGGGUCAUGCAGCUGCCACUCCCUUUUCUACCUGAAGGGGAAUAAAGUUCUGCUCCAACUCUC